AUGAAGCAAUCUGCAGCCCUCGCCCUCGCGGCUGUGUUGCCGUCUGCCUACGCAGCUGCCGGCGCUGCUUAUGCUCAGUGUGGCGGUUCGGACUGGACCGGAGACACCACGUGCGUUUCAGGCUACGCCUGCUCCAAGGUCAAUGAGUACUACAGCCAGUGCUUGCCCGGAGCUGCCGCCACUACCGGCGCCGCAACGACUGCAGCGACUGCAGCUCCCACGACGCUGAAGACGAGCACGAGCGCCGCCGGAGCCACUACCACGGGCGCAACCGCAACGACGCAGCUCGCCGACACUGCCAACCCGCUUGCUGGCUACAGCUUCUACGCCAACGCGUACUACUCGUCCGAGGUUAUCAGCAGUGCUGUCCCAUCCCUGGAAGCCGCUGGCAGCACCGAGCUGGCAGCCAAGGCCACCAAGGUUGCCGAUAUCCCCAGCUUCUACUGGCUGGACACGCGGGCCAAGAUUCCCAUGAUUGACGAUUUCGCCAAGGACGUGCAGACCAAGAACGCGGCUGGCGCGAAGUUGACUCUGCCCCUGGUAGUGUACGACCUUCCAGACCGCGACUGCGCAGCCGCUGCUUCCAACGGAGAGCUCGCCAUCGCCGACGAUGGCGUGAACAUUUACAAGACGGAGUACAUCGAUGAGAUUGUCAAGAAGGUCAAUGCCUACCCCGAUGUCUUCUUCACCUUGGUCAUUGAACCCGACUCCCUCGCCAACUUGGUGACCAACCUGAACGUGGCCAAGUGCGCCAACGCGGAAUCGGCGUACAAGGAGAGCAUCGAGUACGCGAUCAAGGCGCUCAACCUCGACAACGUGGCCAUGUACCUCGAUGCGGGCCACGCAGGCUGGCUGGGCUGGCCUGCUAACCAGCAGCCGACGGCGGACCUGUUCGCGGAGGUGUACAAGGCAGCGGGCAGCCCGAAGGCGGUGCGCGGACUGGCGACGAACGUGUCCAACUACAACGCGUGGAGCAUCGCGACGUGCCCGUCGUACACGCAGGGCAGCACCAUCUGCGACGAGAAGCGGUUCAUCAACGCCCUCGGGCCGCUGCUCGACUCGGCCGGCUACCCCGCGCACUUCAUCGUCGACCAGGGCCGUUCCGGCAAGCAGCCCACGGCGCAGGAGGCGUGGGGUGACUGGUGCAACGUCAAGGGCACCGGCUUCGGUCUGCGCCCGACCACCGAGACGGACGAUCCGCUGCUCGAUGCCAUUGUCUGGGUCAAGCCUGGCGGCGAGGCUGACGGCACCUCGGACACGUCGGCGACGCGCUACGACUCGCACUGCGGCGCCAACAGCGCGCUCAAGCCUGCGCCUGAGGCCGGCACCUGGUUCCAGGACUACUUCGUCCAGCUUCUCACGAACGCCGACCCGGCUUUCUAG